AUGGAAAGUUGGACAGCGAUGCCGCCAGCAACAGAAGAAAUAACAACAGCACAAUCACUAACUGAGGAGGACACAACGGUACCACCACAAGCAGAGGACACAACAGUGCAACUGCUAACGGAAGACACAACGGUAUCAUCACUAACGGAGGACACAACGGUAUCAUCACUAACAGAGGAAACAACGGUGCCACCACUAACAGAAGGCACAACGGUACCAUCACUAACGGAGGACACAACGGUAUCAUCACUAACAAAGGAAACAGCGGUAUCAUCACUAACAGAGGAAACAACGGUGUCACCACUAACAGAAGGCACAACGGUACCAUCACUAACAGACGACACAACGGUAUCAUCACUAACAGAGGAAACAACGAACACAUCGGUGCCACCACUAACAGAGGUGUCACGAAUACGAGAGGGAACGACGGUGCAGCGGAGAACAGAGAAGACAACAAUGUCAUCGGUUACUGAAAAAAUAUCGACGAACAAUGACAUGACAACAGCUGAGACGACAGAAGGCAAUUAUUUCUUCAAUUUUUGA